AUGGACUGCACCACACCAGGCAAGAUUCCGCCACAUGCUGACAAAGGGUCCGCGCAGCGCCGGCAUGUCCCUACGUCGGCUGAGCGGCGGGGAGAGGGAAAGCGAGAGGAAGUCCUGCUGGGCCUUGUCCUCGUCCACGAUGCUGGUCGGGGUGCUGUAGAUGCGCGUCGUUGGCAGAUAGCCAAUCUGCUGCAGAAAGUCGUCGCGGUAGGAGAGCUUGGUGGUGGACUGCGACGAGGUCAGCGGCAGCUGCAGCGGCGAGGCGUACAGCGGCGCCAGCGGCAGUGCAGCGGCCACCGCGGACAGGGAGAGCGGCUGCUGGUGGGCCGGCGAGUAAAGGCCGCCGACGCCCGCGCCCGCUCCCGCGCCAUUCCCAGUCCCGUGGUGGUGCAGGUGCAGAUGUUGCGGUGCGAGAGCGGGGAGCUGCCCAGAUCGAUGCUGGCCGCCGGUCCCAGCAUCCCAGACGUUAGGCUCUGCGUGGUCUUGCCGCUCGCCGUCGCCGUGGCGCUGCCCAGCAUGCUGAGGGCCGGCGAGGUUCGCAACUGA